AUGGACGGAGCUGACUGCUUCUUUGCGGCCCAGUCGCGCAUCGGACGCCCUCGGAAGGGUCCGGCAGAGCAUGGCCUCAAUCACCCCCGCCCCACCUCGGACGCUUCUACGGGCAGCCCCCGUAAGGCGCAAUGCAACUAUGAUCUGCGGACCUCGACCCCUGCGCCAGGCACUCCAGAGCCACCUUCGGUAAAAGAGCCAGCCCUGACGGCCGCGCCGGCGAAUACGCCACUGCCUAUGGAUGCACCUCCGCCUGCCAAUCAGGAGAUGGCCGCACCGUCGUCCCUCUCGGAUCUGUCGCUCGCUGUCUUUUUGGAAUCACUCUACACGCUCGAAAUCGCACCGGCCGAUGGCCUGACACCUAAUAUGCUUUCUACGGCGCCCGUCAACAGCGAGGGAUGGGGCGGCGUCUCUGCAUCCGACACCAUGAACGGCAUUGCCCAGCUCCACGAAACAUCUGGCCCAAGGCCGGCGUCGUCGCCCGGUGCCGAGUACGCCGAAAGUGCGUUUCUCCAGGACGACCUUGUCUACUCCUCAGGGUUCUGA